AUGAUUAUUAAAUCAAAUAAUAAAAUAUAUUAUAAAUCAAAGUUUCCAGAUAUUAUAAUCCCAGAAGAAUCAGCACCAAAGGUAAUUUUAAAUCAUCUCAGAAGUCGUGAAAACCAUUGCGUUUUUGUCGAUGGUAUCAGCACAAGAGAAUAUGGCUCACAUUAUAUAGCAGAUACAAUUGAAAAGGUUGCAUCAGGAUUUCAUAAACUAGGUCUUAGAAAAAAAGAUAUUGUAGGUUUUAUUCUCCCAAAUUUACCAGAGUAUAGCACAUUGUUCCAUGGUACUUUAUUAAUUGGUGGUGUUGCAUCGUUAGUUAACCCAGAAUAUACAAUCCACGAAUACGAACAUACUUUGGGUACAGUUAAACCAAAAUUCAUUGUUACAUUCCCAACAGUUUAUGAUAAAAUUAAAGAUGAUAUUAAAAGAGUUUUCCCAUUAGUCGAAAAGGUAAUUCUUUGUGGUGUACCAUAUAAUAAUGUCGAAGCUAUUCACAAAGCAGAAAAAGAAAACCCAAAUUUAGUAAUGUCCUAUGAUAGCUUAAUAAACAAUGACGGCAAAUACCCAAAUAUACCAAUCGAUAGUAAAAAAGAUAUGGCCGUUAUUCCAUUUUCAUCAGGCACCACUGGCUUAUUCAAAGGCGUUUGUUUAAGUCAUUACAAUAUCCUCUCAAAUACCUAUCAAACCCAAGUAAUCGAAACAUCAAACUACAGAAAGAAUGAUACUGUUAUGGGUAUUCUUCCAUUUUUCCAUAUCUAUGGUUUAAUGUUAUUCCUUAUGUUAAUGUUAAAACAAGGUUAUCGUGUCGUCACUCUUCCAAAAUUCGAACCAAUACGUUUCUUGCAACUUAUUGAAAAAUACUCUGUAAGCAUUUCAUUCAUUGUUCCACCUGUCGCAUUAUUAUUUGCCAAAUCACCAUUAGUCGAUAAAUUUGAUUUAUCAGCACUUCGUGUUUUGUUCAGCGGUGCAGCUCCAUUAAGCGAAAAUAUUGAAGCCGAAAUUAAGCAACGUUUCAAAGACAAAGUUAUCAUUAAACAAGGUUACGGUUUAUCAGAAAUUUCACCAGCAUGUUGUGUUGCACCAUACGGUGAUAAUAAAAGCGGUUCAGUCGGUGUAUUACUACCAAAUCAAAUAGCUAAAAUUAUUGACACUAUGACUGGUGAAACCUUAAAUGCAGGUGCCAAAGGCGAGAUUUGUAUCAAAGGUCCAAAUGUAAUGUUGGGAUAUUUUGACAACCCAAAAGCCACUGCAGAGGUAAUCGACAAUGAAGGUUUCUUACGUACUGGUGAUAUUGGAUAUGUUGACGACGAUGGAUUUUUCUAUGUUGUAGAUCGUCAAAAAGAGCUUAUUAAAGUAAAAGGUUUCCAAGUAGCUCCUGCUGAACUUGAAGCUUUACUUUUAACUCAUCCAAAAAUUCAAGAUGCAUGUGUAGUAGGUUUACCAAGAGGUGAAGUAGGUGAGGUCCCACGUGGCUUUGUUGUUUUAAAACCAGGUCAAGCCGCAACUGAAAAAGAAAUACUAGAUUGGGCUCAUCCAAAAAUUGCAAACUAUAAACACUUUAGAGGUGGUCUAUUUUUCUUACAAGCUGUUCCAAAAUCAGCAACAGGUAAACUUCUUCGUAAAGAAUUAAAAAAUUUUACCCCACCAAAAUUAUAA